AUGACUGAUGACGGAAAGAGCACUACUUCCACACAGAGUAUUCGGACCAUCUUGCAAGGGUCCGACGGCGCUAUAUUCGACCUCCUCUGUGCCGGGGCCUCGAAUCAGCAGUGGACAGAGUGGCUUCGGACUCCGGUGGAAUAUGCUGUGGCUGCUGGCAAUUUGGACCUCGUUGUCAAGCUUGCCCAAGCGGGGCAAGCGGGGGCAAGAAACAGUGCUAUGCCCUCGGCUGUGAGAAGAGGCCACGAUGCCGAGCCAGACGAGCGUGGCAACACUCCUCUUCAUAUCGCUGCCAGCCUUGGCCAUGACGCCAUCAAUGCGCUACUGCUACUUCAGAAGGCUGCCGUUAAUUCGCUUGAUGGCGAGGACCGCACGCCUCUUCAUCUAGCAGCUGGGAAAGACUCUCUUGCUGGUGUCAAAGCUCUGGUCUCUGCCCACGCGGAUCUUCGCCUCCGCUUCGGUGACGCUGAUGAAUCACCGAUGGACUGUGCUGCGUGCUUCGGUUAUGUGGACAUGAUGCUCACGCUGACCCAACACGGGGUUGGCGUAAAUGAUGCUGCCGCUACCGGCAUGACUCCCUUGCACAUCGCUGCCGGUCAAGCCCAACUUCCUGCGAUCGAUGCACUUGUGGAGGCUGAGGCCAACGUCGGGGCGGAGGAAUAUGGAACCGGUGGUACGCCGCUACAUUUGGCGACAGGGUCUGCCUCGGUCGAUGCUGUGGCUUGUUUAUUGAGGCACGGGGCAGACGCAAACAAGCUUAACGGUGAUCGACUCUCCGCUCUCCACCUGGCUGCCAAGGAUGGCGCAGCUGACAUGACAAGCCUUACCGCUCUGCAUAUGGCUAUCUCCAACAAGGACACGGGCGUAAUCGAUGCCCUUGUAGAAGCCGGUGCUGAGGUUGACGCUCAGGGAGGUGAAACGUGUGAGACACCGUUGCAUCUGGCAACCAAGCUGGGAUCAUCCGACGCAGUGGCCAUUCUCUUGACGCACGAUGCUGACCCGAAAUCCACUGCCAUAAUUCAGGCACUUGUGGCUGAGGGUGCUCAGCCGAGCCUUUCUGAAGGCAUCAAUGGAAUGACUUCUUUGGCCCUAGCCGCUGCACGGAGACAUGGUGAGGCCGCAGCAUCGUUAGUCCUGCAUCGACCGAGCGCGAAUGCUCAGGACGAUCGUCGCCGGACUGCCCUGCACUGUGCUGCCUCCAACGACAAUGUGGCGGUCAUCGAUGUGCUUGCCGCCGCCGGGGCUAAAAUAGGCGCGAAGGACAAAAGGGGUUGGACGCCUCUGCAUUUCGCAUCGUCUGGUGGGUGCAUUGAAGCUGUUGCGGCGCUCAUGAAGCACGGGAGUGACGGCAACAUCGUAAAUUUCGACUGUUACUCGCCGCUCCACCUUGCAGUAUGUAAAGGAGAUUGCGCUGCUGUAACUGCCGUGUUGGUAGGCGGGGCCGACCUCGAGGCGGAGGCAGCCCACGGGGGUACACCUGUUCAUAAUGCCCUGCAAUGGGGGUGUUCUGAAGUCGUCCUGGCCCUGCUGAAGCAUGGCGCCCACCCGACCAAGCGGAUGGCCAACGGCCGUGGCGGACGUCACGCGGCUGUCGGAGAAAACAUCGAUCUUCGUGACUAUGAGGGUUCCACAGCGUUGCACCUGGUCGGUGGCGAUUCUGCCGAGGUCGUGGAAAUCCUACUCCAACACGGCGCGGAAGUGGAGUCUCGUGAUAUGGAUGAUCGAACUCCACUGCACAAGGUCGCCAUGACCUACAAUAAAAGGUACACCUCGAUCGACGCCCUUGUUGACGGAGGUGCUGCGAUUGAGACCCCAGACAACUUUGGAAGAACCAUCCUCCAUCUCGCUUCUUCGAAACACAGGUGUGCAGCAAUGAAGGCUCUUCUUCGGAAGGGUGUUGACGUACUUGCCAAAGAUAACGACGGACGCUCACCAUUGCACCUUGCCGUGUCAUACGAAACUUCCAAAGACACCGUCGAAUACGAGGACGUCGAGGACGAGCCAUACGUGGGCCGCACCCCGGUAGAUGUUUGGAGGGCUCUCGCUGAGAUGAAUUACGCUUGGGCUAGUUCGGCGGCUCCCAUUCGCAGGCUCUUGGUGGGCGCUCAGAAGGACAGAACAUGGCGUUGA